UUCAACAACUUGGGGAAUUUGUCAUAGCGGUCUACCAGUCUGCUAUUGCCGGGAGUUGACAAUCCUAAAACAGGACAACACAGCUGCCCACACUCAAACAGAAGAAAAGAAGAAAGAAUGCCUUCUUCUGGAUCUAAAUCCACCUGCUGCUCAAAUUGCCACAGACUUUUACAAAAGAUUGCAGUUCUCGAAAACAAAGUUACUUGUGGCGCUGCUGACCCUGCCAGACCAUACAGCGGAGCUUCAUCGUGGUCCUUCUCAACAUAAAGCUGGUGAGUCCUGUGAACCUAAUGCUUUUAAACAGGUCAUAGUGAGCUCAGAGAAACCUAAAGUAAUUGAGGACACAAACCGAUGGCAUAAACAGGGUGCGAGACCCAAAAGUGCUCAAGACAUUAGACUGUCACGAGUGUCACAAAUUGCUGCAUUAGCAUCAUCUACCCCAGAUAUGGGUACAACUCGAGUAGCCAAUAUUGGUAUUCUACCACCCCCUGUACGGCUUGAAAAUAGAUUUGAAGCACUAAUGAGUUUGGGUGAAGAAUCCCCAAAUGUUAAUGGACACAGAUCACAUCAACCAGUAUCUUACAGAGCUAACGGACGCUCAACGUCAUACAGGCAGCGGCGCUCCGCUCAGACAGCAGCCGAGCCAAGCACGCUGAUAGUGGGUGACAAUAUUAUCAGAAACUUUGAAAGCAAGGCUACCCGUACAUACUGUUUUCCUCGGGCAACGGUUUCUGAUGUUAUCAAGGAACUUUGCAACAUUCUGAUGAAACAUAAGUCUGUCAGUCGGAUUGUCAUACAUGUGGGAAAGAAUGAUAUUCGGAAAGAGCAGUCUGAGCUCCUUAAGGUGGAUUUCAAUGAACUUUUUGAAACACUUAUGUCACGGCCAGGGGCGGACCCAAAUAUACUAAAGGUCACACCCCUCUCAACUCUUCCACCUCGAGGAGUUUCCCAAGACCGCCCCAAUGACCAGACAGACGAGGCCACUCGUGGCAAGGACCGGGGACAGGGGCUCCUUAUGGCACUGGUCCUAGAACCCGUGGCGCACUCCACUUCUUCCUGGAGGCAGAAUCAAGAACAGAAAGGUUAUCACAAUGUGCUUUGAUGCGAUCUUACUGCUGCUCUAAUUCCCCGUCUUCUCUCUCUCUCCUCUGCCUUAGGUUCGUUGUUCUGCGGACGCUACUGGAAGCAGAGACCGUUAGUGGACCAUGCAGGGAAACAACUCACAACACUGGGGUUCCUCAUUCACAAGGGCAUUCAUCGAGACACAGGUACGUGGUUGCUGUAGACACAGGUCAAUAACACUUCACAGAGGUAGGCUACUCACAACACUGGAGGUCUUCCUUCACACAGAACAUUCCUUGUGACACAGGUAAGUGGUUUCUACAAGCACAGGUCAAUCAUACUUCACAGAGGUAAG